AUGAGAAUAGCUGUGGAAGGUUGUUGUCACGGUGCGCUCGACGUAAUAUAUAAAACUCUGAAACACAUAGAGCAAGUUGACAAAAUUAAGAUAGACUUGUUGCUAAUAUGUGGUGACUUUCAGUCAAUCCGUAAUACUAUUGACCUUGACUCUUUGGCAGUCCCGGCCAAAUAUCGAUCGCUGGGUACGUUCCAUAAAUACUACAGCGGUGAAUCGAAGGCACCAUAUCCGACUCUUUUCAUUGGCGGAAACCAUGAAGCUAGGAUUAAUUAUUUAUUCACCAAGCUUAGAUAUCACGGGGGCUGGGUCUGUGAGAACAUUUAUUAUCUCGGAUUCGCAGGCGUCGUUCGGUUUGGUGGGGUUCGUAUUGGCGGAAUAUCAGGCAUAUAUAAAGACAAGCACUAUUCAUACGGCCAUUAUGAAAAGCUCCCAUAUUCUGAUAGUACAUUGAGAAGCGUUUACCAUGUUAGGAAGUAUGAAGUAUCUAAACUGUCUCAGAUUGAAAAUAAUACUUUGGGUACUCCUGCUUGUGAGGAAUUACUAUGGAAGUUGAAACCAAAAUAUUGGUUCGCAGCGCAUCUACAUGUUAAAUUUGCGGCUGUGGUUCCCCAUUCCACUGCUGCAGCUAAUGAUCAGCAAGACAAGAAGAUAUUAUUUAUGAACACCGGUUCGGCUUUAGAGAUGCAAAAUCCUGUGAAUGCUGAUGAGAAUGAGUCAAACGCGGCUACCCGAUUUCUGUCUCUUGAUAAAUGUCUGCCCAAGAGGGAUUUCCUACAGGUUAUCGAAAUUCCUGAUGCUCAGGGUCCGAUGGAUUUCAUGUAUGAUGAGGAAUGGCUUGCAAUUACAAAAGUUUUACAUCCAUACUUGAGUCUCAAUUCUCAUCAGCCACCCCUACCGCCGGAGGAAGAAGUUAGACAAGCGAUCGAUGAAAAAAUAGAAUGGGUGAGAUCUACUAUUGGACAGAGCGAGUCUGGAUUGCUCAUCCCUAAGAAUUUCAGACCUACUGCUCCUUCUCACGAUCAGUUGACGUCUGAUCCGAGUUUGAGUAAAAAUGCCAGACGGGAGUAUUUGAACCCUCAAACUGAGGAAUUUACUACAUUAUUGGAAAUAACCAACAAAAUCAAUCCUAAUGAAAACUCUCAAAAUGCACAACAGGGUAACCAGAAUAAGGAUGAAUCUCAGCCUGUAACUGUUAACACACAAACUCAACAGAAAAUUCAAAAUAUCCAACCUAGUUCUACUCCGCAGAGUAACUUGACUAUUCAACAACAACAUUCUUCACAGACCCAGGCUCAACUCCAAUCAGUGGCACAACACAACCCUGGCACUCCUCUGGCUCCCAAGCAAGAACCAGUUGCUAUUCAUCCAGCACCAUUACCUAUCCAGCCAGCACCAAUGACUCCCCAACAUGCCAUUCCACAGGCGUCUCCUCUUCGAAAUUCUUUGACUCCCAGUUCAACACCUCAGUCCUCUCCUUCCGGAAAGCCACCCGUAGGCAGUGAAGAGUGGCAUCGCCAACGGCGAGAGAAUCAUAAAGAAGUGGAGCGUCGUCGUCGUGAUACAAUCAACCAAGGAAUCAAUGAGUUAGCUAAGAUUGUGCCUGGAUGUGAGAAAAAUAAAGGCAGUAUUCUCCAGAGGGCUGUUCAAUAUAUUCAACAGCUUAAAGAGAAUGAAGCAGCGAAUAUUGAGAAGUGGACACUGGAGAAAUUGUUAACAGAUCAAGCCAUUCAAGAUUUGCAAGCGCAAGUAGAUUUAUUGAAAACCGACAAUCAACGGUUGCGAACAGAGUUGGACGAAUUACAAGGUCCUAAUAAAAAGAAACAGCGAACGGAGUAG